CGUCUUUUUUGCGUCAUCAGAGGGCGACCAUCUUCAGUUGUAAACAGAGCGAGCACCAUGGAAAACACUCCAGAUAUUUAAACAAUUUUGUAUGAAUUAUACUUUAGCAACAGUAACCAAAAUAUAGUAUAGUAUAUUUACUUGAUCGUUGCUGAUGUUCAUUUUCUUGUUCUCAUUCUCUUAAGUAGGAUUUUGUCAUCCGCCAAAGAGGAUAGUAUUAAAUGCAAUUUCAAUAACCAUUUCGACUGCCUGAUAAUCCUGUCUAAAAUGUAGUUAGCAUGCAGAAUAACAGUGUGAUGGUGGAGAUCAUUCUGUAGCUGAUUUACAAACACAUAGGAACCUUUGGGAGACUCUGGAGAAGACAUGGUUCUGUCUUUGGUGAACUUGUGCGCUCGGGAGGUGGUGAGUGACCACAGCUCUUCGCCGUGUUGGUUAAGUUGUGUGCCGAGAGAGCUCUACCGGUCGCUGCUGGAUGCUGCCUUCACUCACUGCCGUCCUCUAGCCGUCGGUGAGCUCGUCCAACGGUGGCCCGAGCGGACACUGUCCCUUGGAGGCAGCAGGAAACUGGGUCAGUGCCCUCCGAACCGGCUUUGCGUUCAGGCGCUGCUGCUGGCUGUGGUCAGGGGACUGACGGACAAUAGGUGUUACCUGCAGUUGAUAGAUCUUAGUGGACUUCAGUGUGAGAAUGGGAGGGUUGAAGAUUCAAUGGGAGGAUGGUCUCUCACAGUUGCCCUUUGCUCAAUGGUGCUCCAAGCUCGAGGUGCAGCCUCCCGGGCUCACAGGAGAGAUGGAGAAAGAGAGAGAAAAAGAGGGCUGGAAGCAGAACGUGAGAGGGGUGGCACUAUCAAACGAGACCGGGGCACCAUAUGGCGGGGCAAGGACAGUGAGGGGGGACACAGAGAAGAUGAGGUAGGGAAGAUGGAGUGCAGAAGUGAUGAAGUAGAAGGCACUGUUAGUCAUGAACGAGUGCUGUUACCAGAAGAUGACUCAGUGAAGGGUAUCAGGAGGAGGAUGGAGAUCCAGAGGAGAAAGGCUUCAUCUGAGUUGAAAGCAAAAACCAGCAGUAAUAACAGAAAUGGUUCCUCUGACCAAGACUGGGACCAGGUAGUGGUUGUCUAUGUCAGAGCUGACCUUUUUGUCAAUGCCCGUUCCUGGGAGCGUGUCCGUGAUGCCCUUAGUCACCCAAGCCCUCUGCGGCUCCACUGCCGCUAUCUCCGUGUAGAGGAACUCUCUGCACCUUCCAUAGCUUCCUUAUUGGGCCUCUUGCCUCAGCAGGAUCUACUUGGUGUGGACAUCCGCUACUCCAGCCUUGGAGUGUCUGGCCUGGCGAUGCUACUUCCACUGUUAGCCCCCUUCCCUCAGCUCCACUCUCUGAGACUGCAUUACUGUAACUUGGACUUGCAACGCACACAGCCUGGUCAGCAGGGGGCACUUCAAGACAUGUCUAAAGGGCUGGGUUCACUGAAGAAACUAAAGAGAUUAUGUCUGACUGCACUCCGACUGCCAGGACACCUGCGUUUGCUUCUCAGCUCUCUUUCCCAGCCUCUGGAGGUGCUGGAGCUGCCGUACCUUUGCCUGACCUCCACCGACCUGGCAUACCUUUCCUGCAGCCAGCAUGCUCCAUUCCUGAGAGAACUUGACCUGAGUGAGAACUGGCUUGAUGAAUCCUCCCUGCCCUCUCUGCGCCGUUUGUUAGGUCAAGCUGAAAGCACUCUCACCCAGCUCUCACUAUGUGGUUGUGGCCUCUCAGACUCUCUCCUUGGAGCACUUCUCCCCUCCCUGUCCUGUUGCCAGGCUUUGCGUAGCUUAAGAUUGGCCUUAAACCCGCUCUCUAGGAUGGGGCUGCUUUCCCUGGCCCGUACAGCUGCUGGCAUCCGUUCCCUUCGUCUGCUGCUCUAUCCCAAUCCACUAGAGGAAUAUGAGCCUGGUCUGCCGGCUCUCCCCUCCAGUGCUCAGCUGCUGGACUGGCCUCUGCUUGAGGAGACAGAGGGCAGGGACAUUACGCCGAAGUUGCUGGAUGAAGUUCUGAGCUCAAGAGGGCGCACGUGUGACCUUCUUGUGACUUCAGACCUCCUGAACUAUAGCCCAGACCUGGCAGUGGAUGAUUAGAGUGUUUGGGUGUUUGUUUGUGCUAGAGUGUGCAUCUCAGCUAUAAAAUGCUGAGAAUCUCCCAAGGCUCUCAGAAUAAGUGCUUGACAAUUAAAAUUGUCAGCUUAUUAACCACUAGUGGAAUUUUUUUCCUUAUUGCCAAGCUUUUUCAUUAAUAACAAAUCCUAGCUUUUAUUUAUCAUAAUUUAAAACACCUGGUCAGUCAAAUCCUUAGCUUUACAGCUUUCAUAUAAUAUGGUUUUCAUUUUGCAUUUUUUGCUUUAUUGCCUUAUAUCAUACUGUAAUAGGGUAAUGUGUUUAUGCCAAGUACUGAGGAAACCAAGGCACAUCUUAACAGUAGAGAAUUGUGUUUUAAACAAAACUCAUUUUUAAACCAAACCUUUUUAUGUCCAAAGUUUGUCUUUUUCUCCACUUAUUAUGUCAUCCAUAACCAGUGAUCAGUUAGUGUAAAUUCAAACAAUCCCAAAUUAGCAAUCCAUUUUAUCUUUGUGUGAAUCUUCAUAUGUAGAGAGUGAUUUAAUGGUCAGGUCGUGUACUGUGAAACAGGUUUCAAUUUCCUCUGCUCUACUGCCCUUAAUGGCACAGCUUAAUUGUCAAUGUCUUAUGGUAGAAGCUGAGGACUUGUGUUCACAUAGUCAAGUGAUGUUGGUCUCAUUGGGGAUGAGUUAGAGCCUAGUAUUUAAAUACAAAUGUGCUCCUUUUUACUUUGAUUUAAAUGUUUUGGAUCGUAAUUCAUGGUAUUUGAAUGUGUUUGAUAAAAGUAUGCUCCAGUUACCAAAACACUUGUUCAAUGUGCCGAAGUGGGAUUUGGGUUACAGUAAGUGUACUUUCACUUUCCAAAUAUGAUUGAGGAUUUCUCCUCAAAAAUCAACAUCUGUAUACCUCCUUCCAAAUAAAGAGAAACCUAAACCGUU